GCUCUAUAUCAACCGGAAGCGACAGCAGAAGAGUCUGCUUUCUGCUGCUUUGAAGUAGCAGCCAUUACCGUUAAGGGUAUACAAACAACCCACGACUUGUUCAUAUUUCUCACCACAAAUUGUUUUUUGUUUAGUACCAUUGAUCUACGAGGGUGACGUUUGAUCUUUUAGGGAAAUGGGCCGGAGCAGGAGUCGAACUCCUCCAAGACGAGUGGGACAAGUUUUACCUGAAGUGAUUAUGAAGUCGGAGAUGAAAGAGAGAAGGCGUUCCCGCUCAAAUUCACGGGAGCGUGAGCGAAGGCGAAGGGAAAGGGAUCGCUCUCGUUCUCGAGAUCGGGACCGAGACCGGCGCAGAAGUCGCUCGCGAUCCCCUCACAGGAGGCGUUCAAGGUCUCCUCCUAGACGUCAUCGCUCCUCCUCCCUCUCUCCUACGAGACAAAAAGACAGACGUGAAGAUGACCGCAAAGAAGUUAAGGACAAACCAGCGAAGCCCAUUCAGAUCUCAGCGGAAGACAUGCAGGGCAAAACAGAAGAGGAAAUUGAGAUGAUGAAACUGAUGGGAUUUGCUUCUUUUGACACCACCAAGGGGAAGAAAAGUGAUGGAUCAGCCAAUGCACAUGCUAUCAAUGUGUCCAUGAAGAGAAAAUACAGGCAGUACAUGAACAGAAAAGGUGGAUUCAACAGACCACUGGACUUCAUCGCUUGAAAGUAUCAACUCGUGAUAUCCAAGAAACUUACCUCCACUUACCUCCAUUUUGGAUGAUAUUGUGCUAUUUCCUGUUUUGUUUGCUUCUAUAUAUUCCUUUUUAUGAGAGAACACAUAAAUGUAAAUAAUAGUGCUUGAAGUAAGCCCCAGUGAGUAUUGAUAGGAGACCUACUGUGGACACAGUGCAUGGAGCUUCGUGUUGUUGAGGUGUAUGUGGUUUUAUUUUAAAUAAAAGCAUUUAAAAAAAAUGUUUUUAAAGCCAAUUUUGCCUCUUGCAUCUGCCAUGAUGUGCAGGAUCAUGCGUAAUUGUUAGUCUUGACAUUUAAAGGUCCAGUGUGUAACAUUUAGGAGGAGCUAUUGGCAGAAAUUGAAUAUUUAGAAGUAUGUUUUCAUUAGUGUAUAAUCACCUGCAAGUAAGAAUCGUGUUUUCAUUCCCUUAGAAUGAGCCGUUUUUAGCUACAUGGGGAGCGGGUCCCCUUCUAUGGAGGCCGCCAUAUUGCACCACCAUGUUUCUACAGUAGCCCAGAACGGAUAAACCAAACACGUGCUCUAGUUAGGCUUUUUUGCGAGUUUCGCAACAACCGUAGUUUACACGCUUGGAACGGGAGGAUCCGAUCGGUAUUCAAAUGGUUGUAAACUGCAGUUUCAGCUAGAUGCCACUAAAUCCUACACACUGGACUGUCAAUAUUUGUAAAUUGAUGUAUGUGAUCAUAGUAUUACAUAGUCCAGUCCAACUGAUUUUUAAAUAUAACCUACCCUACA